AUGGUGAGGUGGCGGUAGGUGAAAAGAAGAUUUAGAUCCUCCUUCCUUCCCCAGGGACUCCACCCGAUCCCGCAGAGCUAGCCCAGCCCAGUCAGCUGACUUUGGGGGAAGAGGAGGAAGGGGUGGAGCUGCCUGGCCGGCUUGUCAGCUGAGAAGCCCAGGAGGCUGCAGACAGGGCAAGAAGAGGACACUUAAACCCGGGGCAGAGCCCUGGGAAUCUGAGGGACCUAGACUCAGGAAAGAAGAGAAGCAAGCCAGCCCGCUGAACUGGAGGGACCUGGGCCACAGAUAGCCCAACUGGGCCAGGAACUUGGCCACCACCCUGCCUAGGACAUAAAGAAAUGCAGCCACACCGGGGCUUUUGUGGCUGGACCUUGUGGUCUCCCCCGGGGGGGCAGGCCCAGGGUCGGAGAUCUCCCACAAGAAGAAAAGCCAGACCUCCUGGGAGCAUUUGGAUUGGCUUGGCCCUGGGUAGCUUCCUGGCUCUCUGCUUGUUGACUGAGUCCAGACCAGAGCCUGGCAGAGGGGACCCCCAAUGGCUACAGCAAAUCCUCCCUGGGCUUGGCGUUGAAUUUGGGUUGCAGAACAUCAGCUGCUCUGUCUGCAAGGCCCUGUUCACUGCCAUCGACAUUGGGCUGAAGAUGGAACCCAAUGUGGCCCGAGUGGGAUUGGUGGCCACAGCUGUGUGUAAACAGCUGAACUUGGCACCACCUAAUGUGUGCCAGUCUCUUAUCAAGCUUUACGAGAAUGAUGUUGUGGAUAUAUGGACACAUUCAGUGCUGAGUCCAUCUGAAGCCUGUGGGCUGCUUCUAGGUUCUUCCUGCGGACAUUGGGAUAUCUUCUCAGCCUGGAAUAUCUCCUUGCCUGCUGUGCCCAAACCCCCAUACCAUCCUCCUGCUCCCCCAGCAGCUGGUGCCCCUGUCAGCCGUGUGCUCUUUCUCACAGACCUACACUGGGAUCAUGACUACAUGGAGGGUACAGAUCCUGCCUGUCCCGACCCCCUGUGUUGCCGAAAAGGCUCAGGAUUGCCACCUUCCUCCCGACCUGGUGCUGGCUACUGGGGUGAAUACAGCAAGUGUGACCUGCCUCUGAGGACCUUAGAGAGCCUGCUAGCAGGGAUAGGCCCUGCCGGCCCCUUUGACAUGGUCUACUGGACAGGAGACAUCCCUGCCCAUGAUAUCUGGAGUCAGACUCGCCGUGACCAACUACGAGCACUGACUACCAUCACUACCCUUGUGAAGAAGUACCUGGGAACUGUGCCUGUCUAUCCAGCUGUGGGCAAUCAUGAGAGUGCCCCAGUCAACAGCUUCCCUCCCCCCUAUGUGCAUGGGAACCACUCAUCCAGCUGGCUUUAUGAAGCUAUGGCCACAGCCUGGGAAUCUUGGCUCCCUCGAAAUGCCCUCCACACCCUCAGGACUGCCGGAUUCUAUGCCCUCUCGCCAAGGCCAGGCCUCCGCCUAAUCUCUCUCAACAUGAACUUUUGUUCACGGGAAAACUUCUGGCUGCUGAUCAAUUCCACAGACCCUGCAGGGCAGCUGCAGUGGCUGGUGGGAGAACUGCAAGCUGCUGAGGACCGAGGAGAGAAGGUACAUAUUAUUGGUCACAUUCCCCCCGGGCACUGUCUGAAGAGCUGGAGCUGGAAUUACUACCGAAUUGUGGGCAGGUAUGAAAACACCAUAGCCGCUCAGUUCUUUGGUCACACCCAUGUGGAUGAAUUUGAGAUUUUCUACGAUGAAGAGACCCUGAGCCGGCCCUUGGCUGUGGCCUUCUUGGCCCCAAGUGCCACCACCUUUGUGAACCUUAACCCUGGUUAUCGGGUCUACUUAAUUGAUGGCAACUACUCAGAGAGUUCCCAUGUGGUCCUGGACCAUGAAACCUACAUUUUGAACUUGACAUUGGCCAAUGCUCCUGGAGCCACCCCCAGCUGGGAGCUCCUGUAUCAGGCCCGAGAAACCUAUGGGCUUCCUAAUGCCCUACCAGCUGCCUGGCACGACCUAGUGUACCGCAUGCGGGGAAAUGAAGGGCUUUUUCAGACCUUCUGGUACCUGUACCACAAGGGUCACCCUCCCGUAGAACCCUGUGAGGGUGCCUGCCGCCUUGCUAUCCUCUGUGCCUUACUCUCUGCCCGCUCAGACAGCCCUGCUCUCUGCCGCCACCUGGUGCCAGAUCUGCCCUUACCCCACACUGGAAGUCUUUGGCAGAGGUUUGCAUUUUGUUAGCAAAGGAAAGCUCAGAAAGGCCAGAGGGAUCAGGCAGGAGGGGGCCCACAGCAUUGCUGAGGGGAGGAAUGCCUGAUCUUUAUCUCCAUACUGGAGGAAGAGGAUUACAUAUCUGGACGUGCCUUAGAAUCAGGUGAGCAAGGAUGGUUGAUUUCUAUUUCCCUGGAGGUAUCUCAGCACCUGAGAGACCUGUCUGGCUGGACAGGAAGGAGGAGGCAACUAGCUCUUAGGACACAGUUAAGGGCCUGAAAUUAAAGCUUCUAUGUAAGCAACACCCACCAAGACUAUAUUGCUCCUACUUCCCUCAGGACCAUAGGUAGGAAAACAGGACCUGGACCUUAGCAGCAGCCCCUUCCCUUGCCCACAGGCUGGUUCUAGUCACCUCAGAGAAGUCAGAACUGAAUGGGCACAGUACUUUCCUCUGCCUGCUGGGCAGGAGAUCCCUGUCCAAAGUUGCCCAAUGCCCAGAGACUGUUACAAUAAAUGUAUAUGACUCAGUGGCCUCCUU